UUUCAUUACGCUAAUCCGCCAUUUUGUACGGAGCUGGCGGUGAUUCAGGGUUCGCUUUCCCGGUUUAGUGUUUAUUGCGAGAAAACCAAGAAAACUUCAUUCAAAUUGACUUCGUUUAUUGACUGUGAACAAAACAAACGUUACAGUGACAUAAUAUUGCUGCCUUACGUUGUGGUUUCGUGAUUAGUGAGUGCCCUCUAACUGGAGCGCGUGGCUGGUGAUUCUUUGUUGUUGGAUUCAGCAUUUUAGACGGUAAGGUCGAGUCCAAUUUGUUGCAUAGCAACUAGUUUCGAGUGAAGCAGGGGCGCGCGGUUUUAGUCGGCGAAAACACUCUUUGGAAUUGAGAGUGUCACAGUGCGCAUAGUGUUGUGUUUGGUGCAGUGCGUGUGCGUGCCGAGCAAGUGCGUGCGAGUGCGCGUGUAGUGCGUGGUAGUAUAGUGCGUGGUGCAGUGCGCGGUCAGCGAGGGCAGCGGUGCGGCGGCGGUGGCGCCCACCAAAGCGUCAAGUCAAUGCCGGUGCGCCGAUGGACCGGUGAUCGCGCCCUGACUACGUCACAACAGCAGCGCUGGUGACGCGCUGCGGAGCGGCGGUUAAAGCGGCUCUGCCGCUUUAAAUGGACAAACGCAAGAUGAUGCCAAAGAGAGCGCGUAUGGACAGCAUGCGGGGUCCCAUCGCCAAUGGACCCUUGCAAUCUAGGCCGCUAGUGGCUCUACUAGACGGGCGCGACUGCACAGUCGAAAUGCCCAUCCUGAAGGACGUGGCGACAGUGGCGUUCUGCGACGCGCAGUCCACCUCGGAGAUCCACGAGAAGGUGCUCAACGAGGCGGUGGGUGCACUAAUGUGGCACACCAUCAUCCUUACCAAGGAGGAUCUGGAGAAAUUCAAGGCGUUACGUAUUAUCGUCCGCAUCGGAUCGGGCGUCGAUAAUAUUGAUGUCAAAGCAGCGGGAGAAUUGGGUAUAGCGGUGUGCAACGUGCCGGGCUACGGCGUGGAGGAGGUGGCCGACACAACGCUGUGCCUCAUCCUCAACCUGUACCGGCGGACCUACUGGCUCGCCAAUAUGGUCCGCGAGGGCAAGAAAUUCACAGGUCCGGAGCAGGUGCGCGAGGCGGCGACGGGGUGCGCGCGAAUCCGCGGCGACACGCUGGGCAUCGUGGGCCUCGGCCGUAUCGGCUCGGCGGUGGCGUUGCGCGCGAAAGCCUUCGGCUUCAACGUCAUCUUCUACGACCCCUACCUGCCCGACGGCAUUGAAAAGUCCCUCGGUCUAACCAGGGUCUACACGCUGCAGGACCUCCUAUUCCAGAGUGAUUGUGUGUCAUUGCACUGCAGCCUAAACGAACACAAUCACCACCUCAUCAACGAGUUCACUAUCAAACAGAUGCGUCCAGGCGCGUUCCUGGUGAACACGGCGCGCGGCGGGCUGGUGGACGACGAGGGGCUCGCCACCGCGCUCAAGCAGGGCCGCAUCCGCGCCGCCGCGCUCGACGUGCACGAGAACGAGCCCUUCAACGUGUUCCAGGGUCCGCUGAAGGAGGCGCCGAACGUGCUGUGCACGCCGCACGCCGCGUUCUACUCGGACGCGUCGGCGCAGGAGCUGCGCGAGAUGGCGGCCUCGGAGAUCCGGCGCGCGAUCGUCGGCCGCAUCCCGGAGUGCCUGCGCAACUGCGUCAACAAGGACUACUUCCUGUCGGGCGGCGCGGGGCCCGUGCUCAGCGCGCCCGCGCCGCCUCUCGCCGCGCCCGCGCCCUACGGCGACGCCGUCAACGGCGGCUACUACGGCGGCGCGCAGGCCGCGCACUCCACCACCGUGCACGAGCCGCCCGCGCUGCCGCCGCAGCCCGCGCCGCCGCCGCCGCAGCCCCCGCAGCCGCCCAUCUCCCUGCCCAUCAACACUUCGGACCCGCUGAAGCAGGAGAGCUCCGACGUGCACUAGGCGCGGCGGGGGGCGGGGGGCGCGCUACGUUACAGUACCGCGACACAGACAAACAAUAGUUUUAUUGAUUCCAUCGCAACUAUGUCAUAAGUACCGUAUGUCGUAAGCCGGCGAGUGACACCAGCGGCGGCGUUUGCUACUACUGCAAGGAACAUUCGUAGACAGUGGAUAUCGAGAGCUUGUGUCACAUGGACGUGUGUCAGUGCAAACGUCGCGUUUGAAGAAUUAU